AUGCAAUCAGGAGGUCGAUCUUUAGCUGAGGUCAGCAGCUUGAAAAAACUCCAUUCUUCUCAAAAUGCAUCCCACCCUUGCAGUCCACAAUUCCACGAUGUCGAAAAGGCGGGAGUGAACGAUGGUGCUCUGCCAAGUACAAAACGGCCUGUAGUUGAGGCACAACCAAACCCAUCGCCCAACGGGAAAGGCCAAAACGUUGCUCCAAAAGCCGAUGUAUCGUCACAGAAGAGCGAAGAAGAGGAUGAUUUCCCCGAGGGUGGUCUCAGAGGGUGGCUAGUCGUCCUAGGCGCUUUCUGUGGUUCCUUUUCGGUCUUCGGAAUCAUAAACAGCACUGCUGUAUUACACGACUACUUCAGCACUCAUCAAUUGAAAGACAACAGCCCGAGUCAGAUUGGUUGGAUCUUCGGACUUGGUCUGUUCUUGACAUUCUUCUGUGGUGCUCCAAUCGGACCUAUCUUCGAUUCCUACGGACCUCGAGCCUUGAUCCUCUGUGGAAGUAUCCUCCUGGUAGCUUCAAUGUUUCUAUUGGGCAUUUGCACUCAAUAUUGGCAUUUUAUAAUGGUCUACAGUGUCCUCAAUGGCAUUGGCGGGUGUCUCAUCAAUACACCCUGUAUUGCUUCAAUCGGACACUUCUUUCUCAAGAAACGUGGUAAUGCCACCGGGAUUGCAAUGACAUCGGGAUCCAUUGGUGGCAUCAUCUUCCCUUUGAUGCUAGAAGACCUAUUCCCAAAAGUUGGCUUCGCUUGGGCAACUCGGAUCCUUGGAUUUAUCCUUACCUUCCUGCUCAUCAUAGCCAAUUUUCUGGUGCGGAGUCGGCUACCUCGCAAGCCAAUGGCUAGCUUCAAGAGUCUUGCACCUCAAUUCAGUUUGUUCCUUGAUGUGCCGUUCGCAUUCACAUCUGUCGGGAUCUUCUUGAUGGAAUGGGGUAUCUUCGUUCCAAUGACGUACAUCACAUCCCAUUCUGCAUCACACGGGCACAGCUCCGCGUUCUCUUUCCAUAUUAUCGCUAUUUUGAACGGCGGGUCAUUCUUUGGGCGUUUCUUCGCUGGGGUCAUUGCCGACGUGGUCGGAAAGCUAAACACAAUGAUUCUCAGUGUUCUCAUGUGUGUGGUCACCUGUCUAGCCUUAUGGCUCCCAGCGGGCGGCUCAACUCCCAUGGUCAUCGUCUUCGCGAUCAUCUUCGGGUUCGUAAGCGGAAGCAACCUCAGUCUCAGCCCUGUCUGUGUGGGCCAGCUCUGCAAGACUGAGAACUAUGGCCGUUAUUACGCAACCUGCUGGAUGUUUGUUGCUUUUGGUACCCUCACUGCGCUACCAAUCGCGGGACAGUUGCUCGCGGUGAUGAACGGCGACUACACAGUGCUUAUCAUUUUUACUGCGCUGUCCUAUGCUGCUGCCGGAGUUUUUCUCAUCGCUGUCAGAGUACUGAAAGUUGGGUGGAAGCUGAAUGUAGUAUAUUAA